AUGCCGCACCAUCCAGUAAUUAAAGAAACGAGCUGUACCACUAAACUUCGAAUCGUAUUCGACGCGUCCGCGAAAACAGACGAAGGUCUAUCGUUAAACGACAUCUUGAUGGUAGGGCCCACCAUUCAAGACAAAUUGUACACGCACUUAAUCCGGUUUCGUACUUAUGAUUACGUUCUUCUAGCAGACAUUGAGAAAAUGUAUUACCAGGUGCGGAUGCAUGAAGGUGAUCGGCAUUAUCAAAGGAUAUUAUGGCGGAUAAAUGAAAACAUCGAGACGUUCCAUUUCAAUACGCUUACAUUUGGUAUCUCUUCAGCGCCUUUUCUAGCGGUUCGCGUUAUUCAAAAACUUGCAGAUGAUGAACGACACGCAUUUCCACGAGCGCCUAAAAUUCUACAAACCCAUCUUUAUGUCGAUGAUCUGCUAACCGGUGCGGAUUCGAUAGAGGAAGCUCGAAGGAUACGAGACGAGUUAAUCAUGUUAUUGGCUAAAGGCGGUUUCGUCAUUCGACAAUGGGCGUCUAACGAUGACCGAAUCGUUAGUAAUUUAACCGAUAGCGCGCUACAUAUAGAUUUCCUAGAAAACGGAGAUCGUCUACUAAAGGCUUUAGGCUUAGGGUGGAACGCACGAGAGGACAAAGUAUAUUAUUCAACUCACACUAUCAGAAUUCCGGAAAGGGUGACGAAGCGGAAUAUCCUUGCAGAAAUCGCGAAAAUCUUCGACCCACUAGGUUUGCUAGGUCCCAUUAUUUUAUAUGCCAAAAAAUUGAUGCAGGACGUGUGGAAAUGCGAGUUGCAAUGGGACGAGUCCGUCCCGCAAUGUCUCUAUACCUCCUGGGUCGAAUUCGCACAGCAAUUAGAAUCCAUGGGUCAAAUUUCUUUUCCCCGUAAAUUAUUCGUGGAGAAUCCAUGCGACGUCCAGAUUCACGGGUUUUGUGAUGCUAGUGGCAGCGGUUAUGGGGCCUGUCUAUAA